AUGGAGGAAUUCCGACGGAAGACGCGCUCGCCACGACGCGCGGAGCUCUUCGGUCAGCGGCCGAUCCUCGCUUCGCGAAACGCCUCUCCGUUGCCUUCUGUGUCUGUCGCGUGCGCUAUGCACACCGCAAUGCCACCGUUGACUGGAUGUCUCUCCGUCCCCGCCGCGUCGGCUUCGGCGGGUCUCGCCUCGUCGGAAUCUCCCUGUAAACAGUCUGGUUCUGGUUUCCCGUCGCCUCCUUCGACACUGAAGGACGGCUUACUGACGCCAUAUCUCAGGGCAAGGCCUCUGUCGGCGCCUGUCCUUCCCAGCUCCCCGCCCUUUUCCCCAGCGGAGACGUCAGCCGCCGAGGGGGACGACUGCGCCUGUCUCUUGCACGCUCUCGCAGAUGUUGAGGCGCGGAGGUGCGUUCCCUCUUUUUUUGACGCCCCGUCGGUGUUUGCUUUGCCGCCCUCGAGGCACAGCCGGCCCGACGUCUCGCCGGGAAGAGAAGGUUCGAUACGCAGCGCCGACGGCGACGCAGAACAGCGGGUAUGCGGUUCGUCGGGCUCCGCCCUGUUUCCGGCGCCUCGAGGAAGAGACUCCGACGCCUCGCGUCCACCUCGCGCCACACCAGUGGCCGCGGCCUCGCUUUGCCGGCGAGGAGAGACUGCGGAGGCGAGAGACGCCUCCCAGACGGCCGCGCUUACGGUUGAGCAGCUGGGCGAACACAGUGACGGCGCUGGCGUCUCCUGGGGGCUGGCAGCGCACCCCGCGUGCCCGCCGUCGGCUGUCCCUCUCUCGCAUCCACGCCGACCGCUGUUCUCUGAAUUUCCCUCCCCUUCAGAAACCAGAAUUGAGGAUACGGGCGCGAGGAAUCCCAUUUUGGAAGAUGGACAGCCGCGCGCCUGUCCCGAUCGAGAUGCGCCUUCGCCACACCGGAGCGGAAUCCAGACCGCUGUCGCUUCUCUGGCAGCACGCGCCACGGGUGCGUCGCCUUCACGUGAAGGCAGGGCGCCUGCGUCAACGCCUGUCCCGAGUACCGCACCCGUCGACCUUGAACAUGCAAAUGCCGCGCCUCAGUUUGUCCCUCAUCUUGUCUCCGCGCCUUUUUUGCCGGCAAAUGACGAAGCUGGUUCGUGCCAGGAAGAUCCCAGGCGACCACCUCGCGACGCGGAUCCACCUUCCUUCGCCCCGUCGCCUGUGCCUGGAGCGGAUGUCGCCUCCGUCCGUCGGCGCAGUUCCGCGGCUGAGCCGGGAGGAGAAAACUCGGCAGUACCCACUGCAGUCUCCGGGUCCGGGGCGACGCCAGCCGUCGAGAGCCGGAGCCGUCCUUUGCGGUUCAACCCCCGCACGGGAAAGUUCGAGGCGCCUCUUGCAAGGGAUGUAGAAGCAAGACAUGGGAACGCCUCGCCGUCGCUCAGCCACGAGGAGUUGCGUUCCAGAGAGUCGGCUUCGUCUCAAGACCCCACGCCAGUGGAGCGGCGCGCCGUUGGCGGAGGGUCGUUGAGGCGGGCGGAGACAGUCUCCGGGCCUCUGGGGGGGAAGGCGAUGUCCACGUUCCCCCCCAGACAGUCCACGCUGUACGCCUUGCACACGCCGCAGCCCCCGUCGCCCCCGGCGGUGUCUCCGCCUGGAGGGCGACAGGCGCGGGCCGCCUCGCUGGAGUCAGGGCGGCCUCACCCGCAGUGGCAGCUCCCCGGGGCCCGCGCGAGCCCGUCUGGGCCACAGCUUCGGCUCGGAAAAGCUGGACGCGAGGAGGUGGAUUUGCACGCCUCGGCGACGCCGCUUUGCGUAUCGCCUCAGCCGGUUUUGACGCAGACUUGUGCGGCGCGUCUGGGAGGUGCGGUAGGCUCAGGUGAAGAGGCGACUGGCGGGUCUCCGACUCCGGGCACGGACUGCUGUCCGGCCUCAGGCGGGGCGCGUCGGGGGGCGAGAGAAGGCGGAGACAGAGGGAGGCUUGGAUCGGGGAGGUGGGACUCCGAUUCAGCGCACGGGGAUCCUGUCUCCAUUCCGACUGCUGCCAAGAGGGGACCGGGGGUUUUGUACGACUCGGUGGAAGAGACUCUGGCAGAAGUGGAGGGAAUGCUGAAGAGAACCGAGGCGAGCCGGCGAAGCCUGACACGAGCCUGGCCGCCACGGGGGAGCAGCGACCGCGCGAGCGAGGCGACAAACUCCGUCGCUCAGGAAGCGCGUCUCCCAGCUCUGGAGACGCGCGCGCCCUCGGGCGCUCUCUCGUCGGCCCGUCGCGCCGGCGCAGCGGCGGUGCCGCGUCUUCCCCUCGGCUCCGCGGAUGCCUCGGCCGCGGACGUUUUCCCGUCGACUCAGAGCUCCAAGGCGCUCGCCGCCAGGACUUUGGGACUGGGUUCUCCGACGUGCGGACUGCAAGCGGUGUCUCCGCCGCCGCCGGCUUGCGGGCCCGUGCCGCCCAGUCCCCUCGUCCAGACGUGCCUCGUGGCGGAGAGACUGGUGGCGAUGCGGACGCCAUGGCGGCUUCCGACGACUUCGAUUUUGAAGCGCAACAACAUUAUGGACAUUGUCCUGUACCUCGCGACGCUCCAGAACCUGUUUCGGGGCCCCGGGCCGAGACACGAGGAGCUGAUGGACCGUGUGGAAAGGCGAAAGCGGAUGGGCCGCCUGAUGGCGAAGCUUCGGGAGGAGUACGCGGCGCAGGACGUGUCUGCGUCGGUGGCAGGCCCCGACCGACAACGCGCGUUGCCGGAACCGGUAGCCGCGGCCCAGCCGUCGGGGAAAGGCGGAGACGCCGCCAGCCGAGAGCAGAACGAGACGGCCGAGGGAGAACGCGACGAUGGACAGGCGACGAAGGCAGCGGGUGAGUUCGACUUCCUCACGGCCGUGCUGGAUCAGGAAGAUGUCGAGAUGGCCCGAACGGAACUGGUGCGCCGCCAGCAGCGGCAGUUCGAGCCGGUCGACCUCCCGCUGCUGACCGACUCGCCGUACGUGCUGCCCUCACAGCAGCAACAACUCGUCCGGCGGAUUCUCCAGAUGACGCCGUCGCCGACGAGCGGCUGUUCGGGCCUCGUCGAGUUCAACAUUCUCUACGCGUACAUCCGCCGCAAGAGAGGCUGCUCACUCGUGGACUUUUACGCGCGCAUGAGCAAAGACGGGUCCGGCAUGGACAACGCGCUCUUGCACGACUCCGAAGACGACCAGCCGCUCGGCGCCUCCAUGCAGUUCUUGCUGUCUCAGCUCGACGACACGCCCCAGCGGAGGACGCACGGGCGCGCCGAAGGCUUCGGGACGCUCUGGGGCGAAGACACUGCGCGGGCCCGACCGCCUGUCGGCGCCGACCGGCGCGCCUUGGGCUCCUCUUCGUCCUCGAGUCUCUCGGACGAGCCCGGUGGCUCUCGCACGGGCGCUACGAUGAGUCCGACGGAGGUCGAGGCGGCGCUGCAGCUUGUGACGCGGGCCGUGCAGGUCGCGGAUCUGACCGCUGGAGACAAGGUGAUGCCUGGAGAGGCGCAGGGGCCCCAGGGAGCCUGCGGGGACGUCUCCUGGGACCAGUCGGUGAAGACAGUCUCGGAGGCGACCGCCGGGCUCAUGAACCUGCUGGAGGAGGAAACGCAAGGCUUCCAUGCGGCGUGGACGGGCGGCGAGAAGACCGCGAGUCGCCGGGAAGACGGAAACGCGUUGGGCCUGGCAGAUGUCCUCUCUGUCUUGUAUCCUUCCCCCCCCGUGUUCAUCAUCUGGGAUGUCGUCCCACCCGCUGCAGCCUUCUCGCCGCACGCCGGAGGCGCCCUCGGCGCGCAGCCUCCACACCGAGGGGCGUCGCUGCCGAGCGUCUCCUCGGACACUCCAUCUGCUGGCUCGUACAGUUCCCGCGUAGGCGGGGCCAGCUCGGGGUCUGUCUCCGGCGUCUCCUGGGCUGCCUCGAGCGCAGGCGGAACCGCAGCGCGCGCGCCGCGCCUCGCUGAAGCUUCAAGUGGCGCUGCAGUUCCCGGGGACGUGCCCGGAGCCCCGCACCUCCGAAGCGAAUGCGGCUCCAGCCACGCACUCGGCCCAGGAGACACGCCGUCCCUCUCGGGCCCCGCGGUCGCGCCGACGGGCUUCGAGGACUUUUACAGACUGUUUCGAGACCAGGUGUUGCGGUACCAGACCAGCGAAGUCGGAGCGCCGACCCUCCAGCUGCUCGUGCACUUCUGCUCGUCGAUCGCCUUCUGGCUGCAGCUCGACCGCCACCAGCACUUUGGGGUCAUCAACCUCCACCCGCGGUGCGGCUUUCAAGGCCUCCUGCUGCUCGCGUGCUCCGCGCUGGUUCGCUCCAAAUGGACCGCCGCUGAAGUCCUUGAGACGCUUCGGCGCUCGUCGAUCGCAGCCCAGGAUGGGGGCGUGCUGGAGCGCCGGCUCCGCGCGGGCGCCGGGCCGGGGUACGCGACCCAUCGAGACGGAGACGGGGCGAGCGGCGCGGGACGAGGGCGACAGGCGUCGGGCGUCUCAGCUGGAGGCUGGGCCACGUCCCGGCGCCUGGCCGGAGACAGGGCGCGCUCUGGCCGAGCCAAGAAGACGUGGGGCGUCAUCUGCUGGCAAGACGCUGAGGACUGGCCACCGAGCUGCAGGCGGUAUCUACACUACUUUGCGCGUCUGGUCAAGCGAGGCGGCGUGGAAUUCACUGUCCCGCGCUCCCCGGGGCGAGACGCGUCGGCUGACGCGGACGAGGCCGGGGGUAACUCAGCGUCGCCGCCGAGCCCGCUGUUUCUGUCGGAGCUCCAGGGUGGCGGCGAGACGUCUCCGUGUCCGUCCAGCACUCCGUCGCCCUCCAACUUUGGGCGGGACCGUCCGGCAAACAAGAAACUCGGCAUUCCGUCCACUCCGUAUCGCUUGAAAAACAUCAUCAUGGAGAACUUCACGCCGCCCGCGGAGCUCGUUUGCGUGGAAGUCUACGAAGUGACCCUAUGCUUCGGCUGCCGGUGCCGUUCGACUUCCCCGCAUGCGCCCUCGGCGGGCCCGACUCGGUCAGCGGCGCCCCCCGGGGCAGAGACGCGCCUGCCACGCGAAGGGAGCGGAGCUGAGGCGUCGGCGAAGCCGCGAGCGGCGCUCGAGCAGGCUCGGCUCGACACAGAGAGUUCGCCUGCGGAGGGAUGCAGCUCUCCGCGGCCGCCUUCUCUCAGUUCCGGUGGAUCGACGACCGCGUCGGCCAGCCUUGGCGUCCAGAAAGAAGGCACGGGGGUGUCUGUAGGUACGCUGCUUUCUCCGCGACUGAAGCUGCCGAGAAACGUUUUCAAGAAACGCGGCGCGUCGCCGGGUGCGAAGGCAGAAGACGAGAAAGAGCAGGCGAGGAACGAAGGAGGCAACGCCCAAAGUGGUUCCUCCUGCUUGGCUUCCUCCACGGGAACCGUGACGAUGCACUCGAGUUUGUACGCCCAUCCGUAUAUCAAGGCGCUCCGGCAGCAAGAACUUCUCUCUUCGCGGAAGACUGGAGCCGGCACAGACCUUCCCGACCGUGUCCCGCUGCUGUUGGAGCCCGCGGGCCCGCUGGGCCACCUGGUGUCCUGCUGCGUGGCGACGUCCGCGCCGCCAGUGCCUGUGUCCAGCGGCGAGUUCGGCCGGAGCUUGGAGAGGCCCGAUGCAACGGCGAGACGAAAGGGUGGACCCACGGGCGAGAACCAGGCGGGAAGCCCAGGCGAUUCAGACCUGGGCCUUGCUGACGCCGCUUCCUCCCUCCAGUCUCCGGCGGAGGAGGCGCCGCCGAGAGAGCGCCUGACGGCCCUCAGCGGCGCGCCGGAGACUCCGGCAGCUGGUGCAGAGGACGAGCUCGGGCGAGGCGCCCUCUGCUGUCCGAUGUGCUGCGUGGACCGAGGCCGGUACCACGAAGGCCCGGGGGCGGCCUUUCCGGAGACGCGCCCAGCGAAACGCCCAAGUGCGGGAGGCGCCCUGGCGGCUGGACACUCGCCGCUCCUGUCGAGGGAUGUGGUCAGGGAGCAGUUCGUUCUUCGCGCUUGUGUGAACAACUACCAGCUGAUGGCGGCGGACACCAUGGAGGGCGGGGAGACGUCCCUCGUGUUCGACUUCUCCCACAAUCGGGACGGCGACGAUCAGUACCUCGUUCUCUCCGGAGACGUGCUCUUUGCCUUUCGCCAGCUGGCCGCGAUUCCGCAGCACUCGACAUCUCCGGACGACGCCGAGGGCCCGCCGGCGAAAGAGGACACGGGCGCAGGCGAGCGAGAGAAGUCCCGCGUCGGCAGCCUCAAAGAAAGGGCGAAGAAAAUGGAGUGGGGCACGGGGCAACAAGUGUUCGCCACGUUCUCCUUUCACACAGGAUUCAUGGUUCAGGGCGCGACCGACGUGCAGCAGCUGACCAAGGAAGACCUCGACACCUACGACUCGUCUCACCGGGAUCUGAUUCCCGACGGUCUCCGAGUGUCUCUGAUUUUCGAGCCUGUGCGGCCCUCUCUCUUUGAGACGGGGCCAUCGGUUCGCCGGCCGGCCCGCGCCGUGUCGCCGUCUCCUCCGGACUUCGCGUCGGCCACGCCGCCUGCCAGCGCCCCAGGCUCGCCCACCGCGAAAAGCGGCGUUGUCGCUUUGGACGAGCGGGCGACGACGAGCCCGGAGGCGAAGACGACCGCGGUCGGAGGCGAGAGCGUCUUCGCGCCGUCCACGUGCGGGGAGAGCCAGGCGGCGUUUCCCAGAUCUUCCCCUCCGUCCGUCCAAGCCAGCGCCGUGUCGGAUGCGCCGAGCGACGACGGGAAGAAGUGCACCGAGGAGCACGGCUCGGGGGAUCGAACAGAGAAGGGCGAGCAGGAGCGAACCAAGCGAGUGGGCCCCGAGAGUGAGCGAGGCGGGUACGGAGCGGGGACGGGGCUUGGGGCCUUGGCGUCGUGGCUGGGCUUUCCAGGCGGCGCGUCGUCGCGUCCGUCCGCGGGCGACCUUGGCGGCCCGGAGGGAGACAGGCGGCGGAAGGACGGCGACACAGGCGCGUCCGAGAAAGGCGGAGGCAGAGACAAGAGACGCGACCAGAGGACGAAGUCCGCUGGAAGCAGCGCGGGACGAACUCUGAGAGAGGCGUGCGGCGCCGUUUCGCCUUCGAGUAAGAUGACGCACGAACAACGCAGACUGCUGAAGAUGAUGCAUGAGCAACAGGAAAGGCACAAGCUCCGGGAUGCAGAGAGACAGAAAGCCACACAGAUCUGCAGAGGAGACGCGGACUGGAACCAGUGGAAGAACUACAUUCUCUGGCGCGCUCAGCAGUGGGUAGGACAGCCCAAACCGGACCGCCGGGAAUUCUGGAGACGCCACGUCGGCCCUGUCGAGGAAGUCCAGCUCUGGCGGCUCUCAAAGUUGACGGGGUGCGGCAGAGACAACUGCUUAGUGGCGCUCAAGGUGUGCUGCAACGACGUGGCAGAUGCGCUGAUGUUCCUUUCCCUGUACUUUGCCUCGACGCCAUGCCCUCUCCUCGUCCACCUCUUUCCUCCUCUCUCCGUGCCACUGCCUCCGUCGGACCCAAGCUUCCGCCUGCGGCAAGGCGGCCUCCCGCCGUCGACGGCGACGGACCUCAGCGGGUCCAGACCCGUCGCAAACGCGUCCGCUCUUGACCCCCUAGGAGCCGGCCGUCCAGCGCUCCCAGGGAACACCGUCAGCAAGGACUCAGGGGAGACAGAGAGCGGUCCCAUGGCUGUGGUACCGCUCGCAACCCCGCCUGUAGGCUCGAGGGUUCCGACUGCCUCUGCCGCCAAACCUGCGGCUGCAGUUGAGGCACAACCUGCGUCUGCCUCGGGCGACUCGCCCCGAAGGCAACGGGCUGAAGGCCGCGGCAGUGUCUCGGACCCGGUGGCCAGUGGCGGCGCUUCGGCGGGUGAGCUUGCCUCGCUGGCCACGUCCAAUGCUUCCUGCUCUGAGGCGGGUUCCUGUUCACAGGCCAAGGUGGCCGGAGAUCGCGAGACUGGAGAGGGCUCUUGGGACUCGUCUGGAGAGACAGCGACCGGAGUCGCGGCAUCCGCGCGGGGCUUCCCAGGUCCGUUCGGCGACGGCGUCGAGUGCUCAUCUGGGGAGUAUCGGACGCUGCUGCCCUCCUCUCGCGUGCCCGCCGGCAACGCGUCUGGGCUCGGCAACGCGUUCGGGUUCGGCAACGCGGGCGCCUCUUCGGCUUAUCUGCGGACCCGAGCCGCCGUUGGCCUCGCCGACCACAGCUUAGGUUUCGGCAUCGAGGACGCCUUUGGAUCGGGCACCAGUGCGCCGAGCACUCCGACUGCGGGCGGGAGUGAAAGCGGUCUGGAGCCCGAAGGAACCGUAGAACCGUUCGGUGGUUGGCGGCGCCAGCGCCGCAUGGCCCCGGUGCCCCAGAGACCCGGCCAGCUGAAGCCUCGUCAGACGCCAUCUUGUGCGUCGACUGCGCAACAGGCGCCGAGGAUCCCCACGCCAGGGGCAAGCCUGCCAAGCCGCGCCCUCGUGGGCGGAAUGCCGCUGCCGAUUCGACGGUCUCACACCGUGGGAGGCGCCCCGGAACUGUCCCAUCUUUUCCCAGGUGCGGCGCCUGCUGGACUGGCGACUCCGGCGAGUUUCGAAGAGGCUGCGCGGGGAUCGGCUGACGUGGGCCGUGGCGCGGGGCCUUUGCCUGACCCCGUGGGGCAUCCCGGCGCCUGUCCCUCAAACCGCACUCUCUCGUCUGUGCCUGGAGAGAGAAUGUUUCCGGCGAGUGCGGGGACAGCAGGCCCAGGGAUGGUCUCAUGCGAUGCAGGUGCGAGCGGCGAGGACAGGAGGGCUGUGGGGCGCGCAGCUGGUGAGCCUGGAGGCGGCGUCGCCCUCUCCGACAACACCGAAAGAGGACAGAAAGAGGAAGAAAGCCCAGCUGUCCAACUCGUCGGUGCCAGCCAUGAAGGGAAAGAAGUGUAUACUGUGAAGCUGCCUUCUGGUCGUGUUGUUCGCUUCUCGGUUGACCAGCGCAAAGUCGCUGACGGCCAAGACAUCGUGCUGCAUGCAUCCCACGUCACCUCAGCGCCCGCAGGGGGGGUAUCUGGAGCCCCAACUGGAGACGGAGGCGCGACCGCGGGGGUGAUGUGCCCUGCUGUGCCAGGUCUGCCUGGACAGACAGACGCGGGCGGAUGGGCGUCGCCACAACUCGAGCCAGGCGGCGAUAGCAGUGGACAGUCUGACGGAGCGAGCGCCCGGGGGAAGCUCGCCUCUGCCGACGCCGACACUGCGGGGAGUUCGGCUUUCGACCGAGAUUUACCUGUCCCCCGGCGUGAAGAGGCAGCGCCGAUGUGUCGUGUGGGCGUCCAGCGAGCACAGAGCGGCUCCAGGCAGACGACCGGCAGCGGCGACGCUGUCCCUGCAUCGGGCCUCGCGCCCCAGGCUCCUGCUGGGGCACGUGGCCUCGAGCCUGCAUGUACGACCGGCGGAGCGGGAUUCCCUCCAGGGGGUGGGGAAACAGCGCCGCUCCAGGCUGUCGGCGCCCCAGCUGGUAGCGGGCCAGCUUUUCAGAGUGGCAUAGGCGUCCCUGGUCCAGCUCGCGUAGGAACCCAAGACGGAGAUGGAACGGCCAAGGGCGUUGGAACACAAGGAACUGGUGCAGGGUAUGAGGGGACUGUUGUGUCGCCUACCGUGCCGCCGGAGGGCGGUGGACUUCUUCGCGGAUGCGGACUUGGCGUUGGUGUUUUGGCUGGUGCGCCAGGCACACAAGGCCCCGAGGCAGGUAGCGGAGGCGCCGCUUCGGCUUCAUCAGCGCAGGCGCCGGCUAUUCCAUGUGGGGUCGCCUCCACUGUCAGCCGCCCUGGUUCUUCUGUCGACGCAGCCGACGCUCAGUUGCCAUGGCCAUCGACAGCGAAUGCAGACUCGACGCCUCCGGGCUCUUCGCCGCCCAGCGCGUCCGCGCCUGGGGCCUCUGAGAAGGCCCAGCAGACCUCCGAUGUGGCAGGCGCUCCGUGCGGGCCGACGACCGCAGGGAGCGCCUCGGCUGGGCCUGCGGUCGCCCCGAAGAAGAAGGCUGCGCCCCCGCUUCCGGGCAAGACCUCCGGUGCGCCCAAGGCGCCGGGCGGGCCGCCGGGGAAAGGGAAAGCCCCGCCGCUCCCGCCGAAGGCUAAGAAACCUCCGAUGCUGGGGAAGGCGCCGAAGCCGGGGGCUCCGCCGAAGAAGGCUGAGGGCGUGGACCCGAAAACGCUUCCGCUGAGGAGAAAAAUCCACUGGAAAACUCUCGGGCAAGAACAAAUCGAGGGGACCGUCUUCAAGGAACUCGAAGGUGAUCCGGCAAUCCCCGACAUGUUCGAUCCGGAGGCGAUUUCGCGGCUCUUUUCCGCAACGCUGUCAGGGAAGGGCGAGGAGGCUGCCGCGAAGGCUGCGCCGAAGAAGCCGGAAGAAAAGAAGCACUCCAUCCUCGACAACAAGCGGGCGCAAAACGUCGCCAUUGUCCUUGCCAGGCUUCCUCUCACUCUAGACGUGCUGGCCAAGAAGCUGCUUUCGUUGGACACCGAGGGCCUGAACCUCGACAUUUUGCAGAAGGCCGAGCAGGCGGCGCCCACGCCCGAGGAGCUCGUGAAGUUCCGCGAGUACGAGGAGAUGAAGAAGGCGGACCCGGCGAACACUCCCGAACUGCGCGAUGUGGAGAAGAAAAUGACCGCCUUGCUCCCCCUCACGCGCCUCUCCUCGCGGGUCCGGAUUAUGCAGACGGCUCUGCAGUGGGAGAAAAUUGUCGAAGAAAUUGAGAAGCAAUUGGAACUCCUCUGCACAGCAGCCGAUGAAGCCCACAACAGCCGGAAGUUCCGCAGCCUUCUCCAGGCCGUGCUCCAGUGGGGCAACUACGUGAACCACGGCGUGAAGAAGGCGCCCCAGGGACAGGUGUCCUGUGAGUCGGAGGCGAGACAGCCAGAUCCGCCGGCGUCCCCGAGAGGCGGCGAGAACCGCCAAGGUCUCCAGCAGCUGCCGCCCGUUCUGCUCGUCAAGGAACUGCCGACAAAAGGGUUCAAACUCGCGUCACUCACCAAGCUGAUGGAGUUCAAGACGACGAUCGACAAGUCGAUCUGCUCCCUCCAUUUUAUCAUUUCGAAUCUGAUCGUCUCGCUCCCCGAGUUGGACAUUGCUGACCUGGCCUCGGACAUGCCUUCCUUGGACGCGGCUGCGCGCGUGUCAGACGAAGCGAUCGACGCGUCGAUUUCCUUCUUGCGCAACGAAGCGGCGUUCAUUUUGUCUCAAAUCCACGCGCUCAAGCAAGCGGGGACUGCGGGCCGGGCCGGGGGCGGGGACGCCCAGGUGGACGAGGCGCUGCACGCCGAGUUGACGCGACUCCAGAAACUCCACGGCGAGAUGGUGCUGGCGAUGGAGCGCCUGCGGGAGAAGUAUUUGAACUGCAAAGAGGUGAUAGGCGAGGUCGCGCGGUUCUACGGCGAAGACGGGCCGAAGAAACCGAGCGGGGGGAAGCCCAAGGCGAAGGGUUCGGAUGUCUCUAUCGACACCGGGGCAGCGCCGACCGGUGGGGUGAUGGGCGAGUGGGAAACGGGGCUUCUCGACCAGUCGCCUUUUGAGCUCUUGUCCAGCAUCCUGACGACGUGCCGCCAGGGUCUGCGGGACGUGCAAGCGAAUCCGCGCAAGUACGCGAUUCUCCUCGUGGGCCGCUUUGCCUCGGAAGAAGAGAAGUGGAGACUGCUCAAGUUCCACAUCGACAACUCGCUGUCGAACCGCAAGCGGCUGCCGGACCGCCGGGACAGCGACGCGGACCAGGACACUGGGCGCCCGCGAGCCGACGGAGUCGGCUGCUCCGGCGCGUCUUCGCCCCGCACGACGCCGCGUGGAAGCGUCUCCUCGCGCGACGGGAAGAAGCUGCUCGCUGCGCGGCAGGGCCCGGAGACUGGGGCAGCGCCGCGCAGAGCGCCGCAGAAGAGCGACGACGGCUCGUUUAGAGAGAGCCGAAGGCUCGGCAGAGGCGCCAGUGGCGACGAAGAAGCGCUCGGCACUCCGCGAUCCGCAGAGCGGAACGCGUCGGCGAGAGGGCGACUCGGGUCGGGCGCGAGCGACGUCCGCCGAAGCGCAGCGAUCCGGUCCAGGAGCCAGGUGGGCGGCGGCAAGGCCCCUGGCAUGAUUGCGCGCUUCAAAUCGUCUCCAUUUGAGACCGGGAUCGCUGGGGACCCGCAGGCGAAGGCCCGACGGGGCUCGGUGUCUCCGCAUUCAGGCGAGGAGAGUCCGAGCCGGCGCUGGUCUGCGGCGAGCGGCCGCGAGAGAGGCAGCACGUCAGAGAGUCUGCCUGGGGCCCGCAACUACGCCUUCCGGACUUCCAAGAGCUGCGCCAGCCUCGUGACAAAGGCCGAUGGGAAAACGCAGGCCGGGAAAACGCGCACAGGGUGUCCCGCGGGAGAGUGGAAAGCGGCGCCUGGGCGCCAAAAGGGCGUCCAGGCGCUCCUUCAGCGCCAGGCGUCUCAGUUCGCUGCAGGCAUUUCAGCCAGCUCUGCGUCGGGGGACGGCUCGCCCGGCGACGGGACCUCCGAGGCGUCGCCUCGGCCGGAAGCUGGGGGGCACUUGGCCCUCGGUGGGGAUCGCAGCCCGCCGGCUCGUGGCGUCGCCGCAGGUGCGGCAGAGAGAGAGGAUGCUGGGGACGGCGCUUCUGGCGCAGGUGCGGCGGAGUCGUCAAGUCUCCCAAGGGCGCUCAGCCCCCGCCAACUGCCUCUGAGAGGCAAGCGAGGAGCGGAAAGCGACACGGGCCUCGGGGGCGAGGACGUGGCGUGCCGUAGCGAGAGCCGUCGUGCGCAGUUGAUGAGCGAGGAGGCAAAAAGGCAGGCAGAUGAGGGUGGCGCGGCAUCGUCUGCACGCGAGAAUCACCUUGCCCGCAGUCCGUCCAGGCUGGAGACUCUCCCCCGCGGCGCGUCGCCUCCGGAUCACUCGCCUCGAGCGACAAGAGGCGGUGCCGUACCUGCGGGCUCAGACGGAAGGGCUACGCGUCUCUUCUCGAACAGCGCGGCGGCGAAUCCUUCUCUGUCUCCGCUGGACGCUCUUCAGCCCGCGUUCUCGGAUAUGGCCCUGGCCGCCAGUAUCAACAAGGCGCUGUUCGCAGAUGACAUGGACUUGGAGUCGCCAGGCGGCGGGGGCACCCCUGGGCCGACCCCCACGCACGCCCUCUUCUCCGCGUGCGGCUUGUCGCUCUUUCCCAAUGAGCGCGAGGGAGACGCUCUGGCUGGGGCCUCCGCUGCCGCUCCAGCGGUCAGCGCGCCUCACCAUUUCCCUUCCGCGAGGUCGCGCCCCGCGACUCCUUUUCCCGGCGACGGGGGACAUCUCGCGAGCGCGGAGGCGCCAGCUGCGGCGAUGGGUGCAGACCGGCGCGCGCAGUCUAAGGGGAACGGCCUGGCAGUGCGCACGGGGCCUGUCUCCUUUGUGCCGAGCGACGAUAGUCCCGUCUUCGCAGAAGCGACGGGGGCCGACCCUUCUCCACAACAAGUCGGCAGGAACGCUUCACUGCUCUCGGAGCGGGAUUUCCCUGCAGACGCCCGGAACGUGGCGCACGCCGGGGAGGCUUCGGCGCCCUCAGGAGCAAGAGACGAAGUCAUUCAGAGCGCGCAGGCGUCUCUCUCGAACGAGGCUACUCACGUCGGCACAGCAGGAGGCCGGACGGCAGGGCCCGUGGCGCCGGUGUCUUCCGAGCCUGCGUCUGCAGGCGCGAACAAACUGCAGAAGAGUCAAUCGGGUCCAGGAGCCGUGAAUCUCCUGGAGGUCAAGGUUUUCCCCUCGACGCCUGUCUUCUGCUGGGAGGGCGGGGGAGUCGUGGGGCACGCGGCUGGGUCUCGCGCCCCCGCGUGCCAGCGGCGCCCAAUCGUCUGUCGCCCAAGGCGCCCGCCGCCGCCAAUUGUCUCUAAGCAGCCGUUGGGCUCCAGUGGAGCUAACGCGAAGGCCCCCACGAGCGCGAAGGCGCCGCACAGUUCCCCUGCGAGACCACUGCCUCCGCCGAAUGAGGGCCUGUAG